AUGUGCCUCUUCCACUGGGUGUACACCUGCUGCUGUGAAUCAGAAGACGAGCGCAACUUCGAGGCCCGUAACUCAGCACGCCAUCGUUAUCGUAGACACAACCACGAACGAAGUGGGCUGUUGCGACAUCAUGGCGAGAACGCAGGGCAUGCACACCAACAAACGCAGCCAGAUGCCCACAUGGAAACAAUUGGCCAGGGAAGGAACUAUCUCUCGGGAAGGGAGUUAGGCCAAUUUCAAGAUGCCACCUUGACAGAGGCGCAACUUAUGCGAAACGUUCAACUGCUUUGCAUGAGAGAGCCUUUGCUACAGAAUCAAACGAAAUGGGGAUCGAUAAGCCAUAUAUCGGGAUCGGAGCCUGCAACAGAGCUCGAGUGUGCAAUCUGCUUGGAGCCCUACCAGAAAAAUGAUGUGAUACAAUACCUUCCCUGUUUUCAUUAUUUUCAUGCCGAUUGUAUCGAUAACUGGUUCAGCAAGUCCCUGACAUGUCCGCUGUGUCUGAUUGAGCUAUCUCCAAGCAUGAUGUUGAACCCGAAUAUUCCAAGCUGA